AUGAGAAGCGGCUCCUGGCAGGACUAUUUCGGACCUGGCGGAGGAGCAGAGGGUGCUUGGGACCUGCAGCCCGAGUGGCUUAGUGAGGGGCUGGACGAGGAGCUCAAGGAUGCAGAGUUGGAGUGGACCGAGGAGGUGCAGAGGCAGCAGGAGCAGCAGCUGCGGUCCGAGCUCCUGGAGCAGUACCGCACCCUGAGGGUGGAGCGGAGCCACUACCAGCGCUACAACAUCUACCUGCAGCACAAGAUCUAUGAGGCGCUGCGCAAGAAGAAGGGCCUGGAAGCGGCCGAGGUGCCCGAGAAGGGCGCCGAGCCCGAGGCCCCCGAGAAGGAGGAAGCCUACCUCCACUACCUGGCCCUGCUGGAGGAGCUCAGGAAGCAGGAGGCGGACGACCUGGACUGGUACCACCAGGAGUUGGACCAGCUGAAGCAGCAGUGCAAGGAGAAGGUCUCCAGGGUGGAGAAGGAAUGGCGACGAUUCCAGGCACUCAAGAAGCAGGUGGUGCUGCAGGCCAUGGGCAGCUGUCGGCUGAGGGGCGGUCGCCAGGCGGCCCUGCGGGAGGUGGAGCAGAUCCAGGCGCUGGAGGACAAGAAGGAGAAGGAGAUGAGCGCCGUGCGGCUGGAGAACGUGCAGCUGAAGCAGAGCAUCGUGCAUUUUGAAACCAGGAUGCGGACCCAGGAGGACACGUCGGACGGCUUGCUCCUCAUCGAUUUUGAGCAGCUGAAGAUUGAGAACCAGACCUUCAAUGAGAAAGUGGAGGAGCGAAACGAGGAGCUUUUGAAACUGCACGGCAAGGUGAACAACAAUGUGCAAAUCAUCACCCACGUGAAGGAAAAGUUGCACUUUGUGGAUAUUGAAAAUAUGAGCAAAAAGGCGCAGCUUUUGGAGGUCGAGGCUCAGGUGGCCCUAAGGAGGGACAUCCUGACCAAGACGAAGCAAGCUCGAGACAACCUGCGGCUGGACAACAUCAAGCUGAACCAGAGGUGUGGGCUCCUGGGCAAGGAGUCUCUCCUCCGGGACAUGGAGGAGAAGGUGGGCAGGACCGAACAGCUCCAGCAGCACUUGGAAAACCUGCAGCGCCACCACGCUGGGCUGGCUCUGUCCUGCCGGGGGGUGAAGCAGAAGAUCCGGGAAGCCAGGGCCUUCCUCCCCUCCUGACGGCUCACCCCGGCAGACGCUAUUGUCGGUUAACUGUUAUUCUCCAUGUGUUGCCAUUCUUUAAACGGCUUGUGAUAUUUAGGGUGGAACUACAUUUUGCAUUUAUCUCAUACUCUUUCAGCUUCGAAAUGAGUGCUGGGCACAAAAUUGGGUUAGCAGUGGGUUUUAUUAUGGGGUCAAGCAAAGCAGGUCCAGAGGAACAAACAGGUGGUGUGCCCCCUUCUCGUGAAACACUGUCGAUAGUCUUUUAUAUCCGAGCGACUCCAUCAUCUCAGCGACCUGACGCUAAGGAGAACGGCCCCCUCCCCCAUGUCGGAGCGGCAGCCAGUGGGCAGGAUGUCCCCAGUUCCUGUGCCGAUUAUUAAAUCUGCAUUUAUUAAACUGUG